AUGACCGACACAACCCUCGCCUCGAACUCGGAGGAAGCAUCGGAACAAUACGACCUGGACAAAUCCGCUCUUGCCGCUCUCGACAAGUUCCGAGCGGAAAAAGCCGCUGAAGAAGCUUCCCUGCUCAAAUUUGCCCAAUCUUCCUCUCGCAAAUCCAGAAAGAAGUCCAAAUCGGAAAAACGAACGGAACAAGCCAGCAAAAAGCUCACAUCCGAAGAAGAAGCUGCGCAGGUAGCAAAGGCGGAAGCUGCAUUGUUAGCUGAGAUCGAAGCAAUUGCGGAUUUGGAGAGGUUGAAUGGGGUUGUGUCGGACAGUGCGGAUUCUAUGUUGUCGACGUUGAGUUCGAGGUUGGAGGUGGGAAGUGAAGCUGGUUCAGACGAAGGAGAAGGGGAGGAAGGGGAAGCAGGGAAGGAUUUGGAUGUGGAUACGUUUAGGAAGACUUUUGGUGAAAGUUGGCAGCUGUCACAGUUUUGGUAUUCUGCAAAGUUCGUUCGUGAGCUUUCAGAGCUCAUCUUUAAGCUGGUUUCGCCUUCUUCCACUUCCAUACCGAGGGAGCAAGAUGCGGUAAAAGCAGCAUUUGGAGACGCAAGAGUAGCUUUUCUGUGUUGCCCCACGGCAUGGGUAGGAUUCGUUCACCGAUUUCCUUCGCUUAAAUCUCAAGCAUUCGUUUUCGAGGUGGAUAAACGAUUCCAUGCUCUCAGCAAGACAAGUUUCGUCUACUACAAUCUUCACGAGCCCGAAACCGUCCCGCAAGAAUUGCUCGGGACGUUCGAUGUACUGGUUUCCGACCCACCAUUUUUGAACGUCGGCACGCAGUCCAAAGUCGCAACCACAGCAAAGCUUCUAGCAAAGAAAGAUGCAAGAUUCUUGCUGUGUACGGGGGAUAGCAUCGCAGAUGAAGCAAGCAAAAUGUAUGGUGAACCGGCGUUGGAAAAGUUGGAUCUGGUGGUCGAACAUCACGGGUUGGCGAAUGCCUUUGGUAUUUGGGGUCGUCUAUGA